AUUCUUCAGCCACUUGGUCCAGCUUGUCCUCGUGAUCCUGCUAACAGAAUUGGUUGCAGAACCAUUGCAGAUCCACUUGCCCACUUGAGCUCACGUUUCUUGAGCAUUCUCCCAGAGAAGGCGUGAUUAUGAACUCACGCCUUCUUUUUGCUUCCUUUGCUAAUUCCAUGUUUUCAGCUUAAUUCUUCUGUUUCAUGACACCGCCGCAACUUUCAAAUUUCAGUGAUGUCUACUGCAAGGGUGUUUAGGGGCACUAGGGUUUUACUCGAGGCAGCCAAGGCUGCCACCAAACACUCGUCGUCGUCCUCGACCUCCUCCUCCGCCGCAACUGCUGCAGCGACUGCUAAGAAGAAGCCACCAACUGGCGCAACCACCAAAGCUGCUGCUUCUCGCUCCAAGUCAACCACUGCAGCGGCUAAACCGAAGCCGAAUGCGAAGCCGAAGACGAAGCCGGUGAAGCAACCCCGGGCUCCUCCGAGUCCCAACUCUGGGGUUUUUAAAUUGACUCCUGUCUCUCCUGCUCUCAAUGACUUCCUCGGCGUCUCCGAAUCCUCCCGCUCCGAUGCAGUCAAGAAAGUCUGGGAGCACAUCAAACUUAACAAUCUCCAGGACAUCGCUAUUGUAGCACUACCACCCAUUAGGUUGUUCAAGGCCCUGUAAUCUGUUUCUGUGUUAAUCCCUUGGAUGAGAAUGGCUGGAGCUGGUGGUGAGAUGAGAUUGCCUGUCUAUCCUCUUGGAACAAUUCAAAUGUGGACGUUUAAGCGUGAUGUAAUAUUAGAUCUAGAGCUGCUGAUUGGGGUUAUUUGGGCAUCUGAUGCGGGCACAGAGUGAAGGUUUCGUAAGGUCCCUUGUAGUGUUAGAUAACAGUUUUGCCUUGAGACAGGUCCCUUGGUCAUAUGGUUCGAGUUGUUCUUCAUUACUUUAUGGGAGGAACUUGUUAUAGCCAAAAAUGAAAAUGACAUAAGAAAGGCAUUGUCCCUUUUUUUUUUUUAGGGUAAAAUUAAAGGCAUUACCAUGUUGUAUGGUAUGUAUUGAGCCUAAACCCAUUCUCUAAGACUACUUAAGAUUAAAGCUGCUCGUUAUGGUGCCUGUUAGGCUGUUACCUCA